GGGGGUUGCGGUGCGCGCGUGUGCGCUGUGGAAGAGGCGCGCCGAGGAGCCCCGCAGGCAGGCAGCCGCGCCGGGCGCGAGUCGGGCUGCGCCGAGCGCGGGAUGCGGGCGCCGGCUGCUCCGGGGGGAGGCGGUGCCGCAACCCCGGAUUAGCAGGUGUGAACCACCGUGCCCUGUAAGUUCUAUUUUGCUGGCUCUUAUCCUUGAAGAAUGGCUGCCCUGCCCUGUGAAAAUUGUUCCCUUCACUACCACUACAGCCGAGUCAACCCGCCUCUUGAAGCUAGCUGUAUGCUGCUCCUGAUUAUGCUUGGAAAAGUCUCCCUCGAUCUCUUCAUGCUGCGAGUUAGAAGACAGAAUAUAAAAGAGAGUUUUAUGGGAUAUUUCUGCAUUUCGCUGGCUCUCAUAGACUUCACACUUCUGAUGAAUAUAGCAUUCAUUUCCUAUUUUAAGGACUUUGCACUUUGGGGUGUUAGAUUUACUAAGUAUCACAUUUGUUUAUUCACGCAGAUAAUUUCUUUUACCUAUGGUGUCUUGUAUUACCCAAUUUAUCUUGUGGCUGGUCUAGAUUAUUACAUGACUAUAAAUCAAACCUCUCAGCCUCCCAACAUAAGUCAAAGGUUAUUUUAUAUACUUGCUGUAGUUUUUAUAUGGAUUUCAGGAUUUUUUUAUAUUCUUCAAGUUCCAACUAUCUAUGCAGAAUUCAGAACACAAAAUAACUUUUUUGUCUACCAGUGUCCUUUAUAUAGCAGUGAUCAGAGUUACUGGAUAUCGUUAGCCAUGCUGUUCGUCAUAUGCAUGGUUUUUGUGACUUGGUGGUCAGAAGUUAUAGCUAUGGUGCGAUCAGUCAGGAUGAUUUCUUUUAAAAAUAAUGCUGUUCUGCUCUUUUCAUAUAUGUCUGAUUACAAUCACACUGGUUGCAAGAAACAACUGUUGACAAGACUUCUCAUCUGCUUUCUUGGUACUUGGGCACCUUUUGUCCUCCUUCAAGUGAUCAUCUUGUUGCUUGGGGCUCAGAUUCCAGCUUACAUGGAAAUGAAUGUUCCUUGGUUGUACUUUAUUAACAGUUUUCUUAUUGCAACAACAUACUGGUUUAGGUGUCAUGACAUUAAGCUGACAGAGAGGACGUGGUCUUUAGAUCCAUUUGUCAGCUGGAAAUUCUGCUUCAUCCCGUUCAACAAUCAAAAUACAGAGCAAGCUGAAAAGCCAGGCACAGUAAUCGUAAUCUGUUAAUGAGCUGCUGUGUGAAAAGAAUGCAAAUAAGUACUGUGGAACAGAGGUGUCUAAUGAUUGUGCUAUUUUGAUGUCUUUUAUGAACCCAUCUUGCUGGAUAAUAUAAGAAUACGUCUCCAGAACUGCAGCCUGUGAAGAAACUGUCACCAAAAUUUGCCAAUGGAUAAUGGAAUAUUGCACUAGAAUAUGGAAUAUUGCACUGUUCUCUAAGCUAAGCUUUACAGAAAGAUGGGGACUUUAAUGCACAGCAAAAGUUUUAAUUAAAUUUAUAAUAUUUAUAAAAAAUAUAUAAUAUUCAUAAAAAAGAGUUGAAAUUUUGGGUAAAAAUAGCCACUACUUAAAAGCAACAAAACAUGCCUAGUUUUACCAUUAAAUGUUAAUCAGUUUCAGAUUUGUUUCAAACAUAAAAAAUAAAAUCUUCAGUAACCUAAAGACAAUUGUUGUCUUCUGUUACAGAUUUAAACAACUUUAUUAGUUAUUGGUUUGUUCUAGAAAAGCUUAGCAAUUUCCUCUUUAAAAAACUGAAGUUUCUUUCUCUUCUAAAGAGGGAGAAACGAUUAAAAAUUAAAAGUUAACUUUAUUGUCUCCACCUCACCAAAAAAGUAAAUAUAAUGAGGCAAAUACAAGAAGCAGAAAGCUUCCACACCCAGAUGACCAUUUAAACAUUUUGUAAUCAUUCCCUGGAACUAACUCAGACAUUCAUAACGGGUUGCAAAAGGGUUGCUGGAUGCCUUGUCAUUGUCAGACAGCAGUAACUGGGCUAGAUGGACCUUUGGUCUGAGCUAGUAUGGAAAUUUGUAAGUGUGUUGUAAAUGAAUGAAUGCUAUGGCAGUGUGUACAGAACAACACAAUACAUUAUGGCAGUGCAAUAUAGCCACUAAGCGCAAUUGUUCAGGAAAUGUAUAAACAGCAGAAGUAGGUCAGCACGGCACAGUACAGUACAGAGGUGAGAUGCAAGUUGGAAUGAACUAGGUUGUGUACUGAAAAUAAGAAUGUGAAUUAGUAUGGCUAGUUCACCUGGAAAGCAGGAUCUAUUGGUUUGGUUGGAACACCACACCAGCAGUGUAUCCUUACCCAGCACUGCACUGUCACAUUGACAUCUCCAGAGUUAGUCCCUUCCCCCAGUCUAAAUACUGUAAUCAGACUGAGAGAAACAGAGGAAAAGUGAUUUGCCCAUCAUGUCACAGCAGACUUGUAGAAGAGCUAGAUAUGCAACAUAGGGAACAGAUCCUUAGCCAGCUACUGUAUAAACAAAUGGAGGAGCUUUGACACUAGCUGACCGGUCUCCUGAGGCUGUCUCGUGUCCUGCUUUCUAGGCAGUGCUGCUUCAGUAUACUCAGAAGUGGAGUUGACAUGGGAGGCUGAUUCUCUCUAUCCUUUUCAUGCAAUGUGUGUAUGCAUUUUUUAACUUGGGACAAUCUUCUAAAAAAUGGGCACCAAAGACCUUUAUAAACACGUUAUUUAUGUAUCAUCCCCCCCCCCCCCCCCAUAUGUUCUCAAUUGAUAAGGAAACUGAAAGCAAAUUAGGUGGUGCUAUUAAGAAUAAAAGGUUAUUCCGUGUUUGAAAUGUCCUAUGUAUUGCCUUCCCCAUAUCUGAAAAAUGCAUAUCAAAAACCUCAAUUGUGCAGAAUAAGUUGCACCUUUAUUUUAUAUAUUUAAAAAAUACAGCAUCCCUGAAG